GGCCGCACAUUGGAAAAAAAUGACUCCUCUCUCUAGAUCUCUUCUCUUCUCCAUAGAGUUCUUCCAUGGCAUCUCUGCCUAACCACCGCCAUCGCCAUGGGUACUCAGACAUCGGAAGGCCUCCACCUCUAUCCGGCCAUUCACAGAUAUGCUAGGCUUAAACACUCCAAUCCAGAAAGAAAUUCGACGGCACAAGCGAUUUCCUCCUGCUGUCUCGUUGACCGCUGCAGAGGUAAAUUCUACGCAAUUGGUCUGUUAUACCCCUCCCUCAUCCUUAUCAUUUUCCGCUGCCCUGUUGAGUACCAACGUGUGGACAUCAAAACAUGGUCACUGUUUUUUGGGACAACAACAACCAUGGAAGAUGCCCCCAAGGAGAAGCCUACAACGGCAGAACACACACCCAAGGAGAAGGCUUCACCGCUAGACAGGACCUCCCCUGGAACAAAGUGGCACAUGCAUAAAACAGAAGCCAAUAACCCCUGAAUUGACAGUGCUUGAGGAUGGUAUUAGCAUUAUUGAGGAAAUUACCAAAGAAGUUCCUGCACAAGUUCUUGUUAAUGCAUCAGAAUAUACACGAUGAAGUACUGCACCUUAAAAGUUUUGUUCGAGAGAUUCAAAAGUGAAGCAAUCAAGCAGCUCAAAAGAUCUACUAAUGAAUCUAUAAGGAGAGAUGCAAGAAUUGAAGCUUUGGGUUAUAGAGGUGGGUGGCUAGCGCUGGAUGUGGGAAACAAGUUCGUGGGUGUAUCCUAUACACCUAGACCAUCUCACCACUGCGCUUUUCCGGUCACGUUCGGAUGGCGCAACCUUCGGCAAUCAUCAUCGGACUUCCCAUCGGA